UGGCGCAUGCGUGUUUCGUUAGCGCGAGCACUUUACUUGGAACCAACCUUACUUAUGCUUGAUGAACCUACUAACCAUUUGGAUUUGAACGCUGUAAUCUGGUUAGAUAAUUAUUUGCAGGGUUGGAAAAAGACGCUUUUAAUAGUUUCCCACGACCAGAGUUUCUUAGACAACGUAUGUAACGAAAUAAUACAUCUCGAUCAGAAGAAACUGCAUUACUACAAGGGUAAUUACUCCAUGUUUAAGAAGAUGUAUGUUCAAAAGCGGCGCGAAAUGAUAAAGGAAUAUGAGAAGCAGGAGAAACGCUUGAGAGAACUGAAAGCUCAUGGUCAAUCAAAGAAAGCAGCUGAAAAAAAGCAGAAAGAAGUUCUCACCCGAAAACAAGAGAAAGGGAGGCCUAAGCAGCAGAAGCAAGAUGACGAUGAUGGGCCUCAGGAACUAUUGGCUCGUCCAAAAGAGUAUAUCGUCAAAUUCCGCUUUCCAGAACCGUCACAGCUGCAACCCCCUAUUUUGGGAAUACACAAUGUUACUUUUGCUUAUGAAGGGCAAAAGCCACUGUUUGUCAAUACAGAUUUCGGUAUAGACUUGACAAGUCGAGUGGCCAUCGUUGGGCCAAAUGGUGUGGGCAAAUCUACGUUCCUUAAAUUGCUACUUGGGGAAUUGGAGCCACAAAAAGGAGAGCAACGCAAAAAUCAUCGGCUUCGAGUCGGUCGAUUUGAUCAGCACUCUGGUGAACAUCUAACUGCCGAGGAGUCCGCCGCAGAGUAUUUGCAACGCCUUUUCAAUUUGCAACACGAGAAGGCGCGCAAGGCGUUAGGUUCGUUUGGUUUGGUGAGCCAUGCGCAUACUAUAAAAAUGAAGGAUCUCUCCGGUGGUCAGAAAGCGCGAGUUGCCCUCGCUGAACUCUGUCUAAGUGCGCCCGAUGUGCUGAUUCUCGAUGAACCUACGAACAAUCUCGACAUUGAGUCUAUUGACGCCUUAGCAGAAGCCAUUAACGAGUACGAGGGUGGUGUAAUUAUAGUAUCUCACGACGAACGGUUGAUUCGUGAAACUGGCUGUACAUUGUACGUAAUUGAAGACCAGACCAUUAAUGAAAUCGAUGGUGAAUUUGAUGACUACCGUAAGGAGGUGCUGGACGCGCUCGGCGAAGUGGUCAAUAAUCCGAGUGUUGUGGCUAACGCAGCCGUGUUGCAAUAAUUAAACACGUCUUUG